UAUUGCACAACCUUUCUAUUCUCCCUCACAAACUUGUGACUUUAGGAACAGAGAGGAUCCUACAUUUUUCUAACUUAGCCAUUCAUAUAAAAUCCCUUUUAACAUACAAAAGUUUGAGUUUUUAUAAACUUAGUCAUGUGCAAUCCAAAGCCAUCUUCAUCAACAUCACCAUUUCUUUGUCCUACAAAAACUCACCUCAUAAAUCCUAACACCAAAAUUGUUUAUUCCACUCCUACCCCUAUUGAUGAUCAAAUUCAAGAUGAACUUCAUACAUGGCCUACACUUAGUGAGGCCUUAGAAGAAAUCAAAGAAAUAGGAAAAAUAUCAUGUCCAACAACAAUAACUGGAUUAUUGUUAUAUUCAAGAGCUAUGAUCUCAAUGAUUUUCCUUGGAUAUCUAGGAGAAAUGGAACUAGCAGGAGGUUCACUUUCCAUAGGUUUUGCAAACAUAACUGGCUACUCAGUGAUAUCAGGAUUAGCCAUGGGAAUGGAACCAAUUUGUGGACAAGCUUAUGGAGCUAAACAAUGGAAAAUACUUGGCUUAACCCUUCAAAGAACCAUUCUUCUUCUUCUCUCAACUUCCAUACCCAUCUCAUUCAUUUGGCUUAACAUGGAAACAAUCCUUUUAUGGUCAGGCCAAAACCAAGAAAUUUCAUCAAAGGCACAAACUUUUAUACUUUUUUUAAUACCUGAUCUUUUUUUGCUAUCAAUUCUUCACCCUUUGAGGAUUUACCUUAGGACUCAAGGAAUCACAAUGCCACUAACAUAUUGUUCAGCUAUUUCUGUUUUUUUUCAUGUUCCUUUAAAUUUUUUGUUAGUGGUUCAUCUUGAAAUGGGAAUUGGUGGGGUGGCAAUAGCAAUGGUUUUGACUAAUCUCAACCUCAUUCUUUUGCUAUCAUCUUUUUUAUACUUUUCUAGUGUUUAUAAACAAUCAUGGGUCCCACCAAGCUUAGAAUGCAUUAAAGGGUGGUCUUCAUUGCUCUCACUUGCUAUCCCAACUUGUGUUUCUGUUUGUCUUGAAUGGUGGUGGUAUGAAUUCAUGAUUAUGAUGUGUGGACUUUUGGUUAAUCCUAAAGCAACUAUUGCUUCAAUGGGAAUUCUUAUUCAAACAACAUCUUUGGUUUAUGUUUUUCCAUCUUCAUUAAGUCUUGGUGUUUCAACAAGAAUAGGGAAUGAGUUGGGUGCAAAUAGGCCAAGAAAAGCAAGAAUUUCAAUGAUAGUUUCACUCUUUUGUGCUUUGAUUUUAGGACUUGGAGCAAUGGUUUUCACAACAUUGAUGAGACAUAAAUGGGGGAAAUUUUUCACAAAUGACAAUGAGAUUCUUGAGUUGACAUCAAUUGUGUUGCCAAUUGUUGGACUUUGUGAGCUUGGAAAUUGUCCACAAACAACUGGAUGUGGUGUUCUUAGAGGAAGUGCUAGACCAACUAUUGGUGCUAACAUAAAUUUGGGAUCUUUUUACUUGGUUGGUAUGCCAAUUGCAAUCUUUUUAGGAUUUUUUGCUAAAAUGGGAUUUGCAGGGCUUUGGCUUGGGUUACUUGCAGCUCAAGCCUCAUGUGCUUGUCUUAUGUUGGUUGUUCUUUGUAGAACUGAUUGGAAUGUUCAAGUUCAAAGAGCUAAAGAACUCACAAAAACAUCUACAAUAACUACUUGUCAUGAUGAUGAUCUUGUUGCUAAUUCUAAGUUACCUACAUUUAACAAAAAUGCUAAUUCUUGUCUUGAAGAAAUAGUUGUCAUUCAUGAUGAGGUUACAAACACAUCUUCACUUGAAACAGAUCCACUUAUCAUAACCACUACUAUCAAUUACAAUCAAGUUUAGUUAAUUGGACUUUUUUUUUUAUUUUUGUAACCAUUUUUCUACCUUCAUUUUAAUGGAGUGUAUUGUAGGACAAAGUAUCCCUCUUCCCCUCCACUUUCUUUUCUUUUCUUUUUUUCUUUCUAGUAAAUAACAAUUUUAGUCCUUAUUAAAUGA